UGCUUUGUCAAUUUAACAAGGAAGAUGAAAUACCUGAUUAAAAACAUCAAAACUAUUGGUUUGAAUCGUGUGAACAAGAAAUGAGGAUCAGGGUGCUAGGGCACUAGUGCGCUCCGCGGCGGAGUUCGCUGUGCUUCAACUUCCGGUCUGGCCCGGCAGCGGCAGUACAUCUUGAACUACGCUGGGUGUUAGGGUUUGUGGACAGGCCGCAGUAACGCGUAGUAACGCCGCAGUAGUCUAUGGUUUUAGGUUAUCAUGACACUGCACACCAAACAGACUUUUAAUGAAAAUGGAAUUGCUUCAAGGAAAAAUGAAAUGCAAACUCUGCAAAAAGAGGAGGAAACUGGAGAAACACUCAAACGUCGACGGACUGCAGUGGAAGUGCCGACGUAAAAAACACAGAGGGAAAACGACGAAGAAGUCAGUGAGAUUUUCCCAGGGACUGCAGCUAAGGCAAAUGGACAUGCUGCAGGAUGGCGUGGCAGGAAGCAGUCGCACGCUGUCAAAAAUGAGCCAGAAGUUGAGGAAGGUCUGCAAGCGUGCAAUCAAGAGGAGAGAAAGGAGGGGAAAGCAAAGACUUGGAGGACCAAAUGAAUUUGUCAUGCUGGACGAAAGCAACUUCUACCACAAAAGGAAGUAUGGUAGGGGAAGAUUCGGUCCUACGUGGAGGAGGAGAAAAUGGGUCUUUGGUAUGCUGGGCAUCAGAGGAACAAGGAGAAGACCUAUCCUGAGGCUGGUGAAACAGAGAUCGAGGCGCCACUUAAUUCCUCUGGUCACAAAAUACGUUCGCCAAGGGACCACGGUGAUAACGGACAUGUGGAGGGCAUACAUCACUGCAAUCACAGAAAGUGGCUUUGUCCAUUUCUCUGUGAACCACAGCCGUUCAUUUGUGAACCCAGUCACAGGAGCCCACACCCAAAACAUUGAGCGGGCUUGGUCAACAUACAAGUCACAGGUCUGGAGACUGCGAGGAAACCGCACAGAGAAGACUCUGAAGAAUGCAUCCGUCACUAACUGA